ACUAACGAGCAACAAUGAAAGAAGAAAAAGAGAGAAAGGUCUCAUAAUUAGGCAGCAGCACUGGUUGAACGAAAAGCCACGUGGCAGAUCCAAAGUCAUCGGUGACGCCAUGCUCUCGUCACUACACCCUGGAGUUCCCAUUUCCCAACACAAGAAAACACCGUAAGCUCCGUCAUCGCAGUCGCAGAACAACAAUUCCGUUUCCAUGGAGUGGUUCGGUGAUUGCUCGUUCCGUCUCGAUUCGCCGCCGGACUCGCCCUGCAAUGCGUACCGCCUCCUCCUCCGAUCUCUCUCCCUCAUCCCGGUCUCGCACUACCUCAUCGCCGCCGCCAUCUCCCUAAUCACCUUCCUCUACAACUUCAUCGAGUGCCAUUUCCUUCAAGACCUCUUCUCCGGAUUCGCCGGCGAUCCCAUCCACCUCACCUACCAUCCCUCCUCGAUAAUCUACGAAGCCGUUGUCUCCAAGUGCCGCAUCCUUCAUGGCAGGUAUUUGGCGACGCCGUGGUUGGCGAGUCCGCAUGUUCAGACUUGUUUCUUGAAUUUCUUCGGCAGGCCUCCGCGUUUCAGUUACAGAAGACAACUGUUUAAUACUCCUGAUGGUGGAACCAUAGCUUUGGACUGGUUAACAAGUUCUGAUGUUUCUGGUGAUGUUCUUCGUACGAACGAUGUUUCUAUAGAUGAAUCGACUCCCAUCGUUGUAGUGAUUCCUGGUCUAACAAGUGACUCUUCAUCUGCUUAUCUCAAACAUCUUGCAUAUCAUACAGCAAAGUGUGGAUGGAACAUAGUUAUCAGUAACCACCGAGGACUGGGAGGCGUUUCAAUCACGUCUGAUUGUUUCUACAAUGCUGGAUGGACCGAGGAUGUCCGCACGGUGGUUAAAUAUCUCCACAAUGAACACCCCAGGACACCUUUGUUUCUUGUUGGUACUAGUAUUGGAGCUAAUGUUCUGGUAAAGUAUCUUGGUGAGGAGGGUGAGAAUCUUCCUGUAGCUGGGGCUGUAGCUAUUUGCUCUCCUUGGGACCUUUUGAUAGGCGACAGAUUUAUAAGUCGUAGGCGUGUGCAAAAGUUUUAUGAUAGAGCACUUGCUUUUGGACUUAAAGGAUAUGCAAAACUGCACCAGCCUCAUUUUUCUCGGCUUGCUAAUUGGGAAGGGAUAGAAAAGUCACUUUCUAUCCGAGAUUUUGAUCACCAUGCUACCCGCGUUGUUGGGAAAUAUGAGACGGUCGAUACCUACUAUAGACGCUGCAGCAGUGCUAGUUAUGUGCAAUCUGUUUCGAUUCCACUUCUCUGUAUUAGUGCUCUGGAUGAUCCAGUUUGUACUAAGGAAGCUAUUCCCUGGGAUGAAUGCAGGGCAAAUAAGAAUAUUGUAUUGGCUACUCCAAAGCAUGGAGGACAUCUGGCUUUCUUUGAAGGAAUAACUGGAUCUAGGCUGUGGUGGGUAAGAGCUACGAAUGAAUUCCUUGAUGUGCUACAUUCUAGCGAAUAUAUGCACGUGCAGAAGAAGAUCUCUAAACCAAGCACACCAUUGGUAACGUCGAUUGAUCAGGGACCUUAUGUUAAUGUUACGGAUGACGGAAUGGUGGCUGCAUUGAACAAUGAGCCAAGCACUGACAAUGUAGAAGAAUUACAUGCAAUACAAGAGGAUAGUACUCAUGGCAAGGUCCUGGAAGAUAAAGUUAAUGAAAAAGAUGAUCCUGUCGCUAAUGCAAAGCGGGGAGGUUCCUCUAGCAUGGCUCAAACGAGUAGCGCACACGACUCGGUACUAAAUGAUGUAAUAACACCUUUCAAAACGUACCUAGGCCCGUUAACUCGACAAAGUCGAUGGUCAACGUGGUUGCUUGUUUACAUUGCCAUUGCCACAAGUUGGCCAUUGGUUGGUUCAGCCCUACAAAUUGUGUUUGGGAAAAAGCUAAGGAAGACCUCAAGGGGUGGUUCGGUCAGAAGAUAAAUUCAUGAACACAGAGGUUAUUGUUGUAUUUAGAGGGUGAGUCUUGGUGUAGCAGAAAAGUUAUUACCUUCUGAUAAGGAGGAUUAUUCAACCAGUGAAAACUGAAAGCAGCCUCUCCGCUUAGAAUUGGGGUAAGGAUGCAUGUAUUUAUUCUUUUCAAAUGCCAUUGAUCUGGUGUACUAGAUUGCCCUAUAUAUAGAUGUUAUUGUUGUAUUUGAUUCUGUAGAUUUAUGAAAAUAAACAUACUUGUCCUAUUAUUCUU